AGCUAAUCAUGAUAACUCCGCCCACUUGGUUCACCUUUUCCGACGUAAGCUUGGCCCUCCUGCUUUCUCUAAUACGCAACUCUUCUGUGCGGAAGCGUCUGGUUUCUUCUGUGGAGAAAGAAAAAAAGUUAUAUUCUGCAAAAGUAAAGCACCAGCUCUCUUCAGCUUUGUCUUCAUAUCCAUGAAUGCCACUGGAUUCCAUAAGUAUCCUUAAGAAAAUAAAAUUGGUGCAACUACUUGCUGACAACUCAUUCUCUGGUAACAUUAUUAAUGUGGGAUAUUCUGGAGCUGGAGUAAAAGCGCAGAACAUGGACAAGGCAAAGAUUGUCAUUGUUGGUGCUGGUCUGAUUGGCUUAUCCACUGCUGUCUGCAUUUCAGACUCCAUUACAAACUGCAGAGUGUCUGUCAUGGCUGAUAGAUUUUCUCCUAACACGACCAGUGACGUUGCUGCAGGAAUGCUUAUCCCACAUCUUUAUCCAGGCACACCUGUUCAUCAGCAGAAGCAGUGGUUUAGGGAGACCUUUGACCAUCUGUUAUCCAUCUGUGAUUCCUCAGAGGCCUCAGAAGCUGGGAUUCAUUUGGUAUCUGGCUGGCAAAUAUUUAAGGCCAUUCCUGAGGAGAAGAUCCCAUUCUGGUCUGAUGUGGUUCUGGGCUUUCGCUCAAUGACUGAAAAGGAGCUGAAGAAAUUUCCACAGCAUAAAUAUGGUCAAGCUUUUACUACACUGAAAUGUGAUUGCCCAUCAUACUUAAUUUGGCUGGAGAAAAGGCUGAAAGAAAAUGCUAGGAAAAUAGAAGAUCUCUGGGAGCUAUACCGUGACUUUGACAUCGUAGUAAACUGCUCAGGCAUUGGUUCCCGAAAACUUGCAGGAGACCUAGAGGUACACCCCAUCAGAGGGCAAGUUCUCAAGGUUCACGCUCCUUGGAUCAAGCACUUCAUUCGCGAUGGUGAUGGUCUGACCUACAUCUAUCCAGGGAUACACAAUGUAACAUUAGGUGGGAUAAGAGAAAAAGACAACUGGAGUUUGUCCCCAGAUCCCGUUACCAGCAAAAAUAUAUUUGAUAGAUGUUCCACACUUGAGCCUUCACUUCGGACAGCUGAGAAUAUACAAGUGAAGGUGGGCCUGAGGCCAUCUCGGUCAGCUGUGAGACUACAGAAAGAGGUACUGACCCACAAGAGUGAGAAGUUGCUGGUGGUUCACAAUUAUGGCCAUGGAGGAGGUGGCUUUUCAAUACACCAGGGUACUGCCAAGGAGGCAACUUGGCUGGUUAAGGAGUGCCUUGAAACCCUGGCAAUGUGUGGGCGUAAAGCAAAGCUGUAAAUAAGAAAGAAAAAAAUCUCUUUGGAUCCUUAGCAGUCUGGUAGAAUUAGGAUCGUGGGUGUGAAGUAAAAUCUGGAGGAAUGUCAUCCAGCUGAUUAUAUGCCAGUUACUUAAUUGUUCAGUGCUUGUGGCCCUCUUAGGAAAGCAUAAAGUGCUAAGACUGAAGAGAAGAGAAGAAGGACCACCUGCUAGAUUUUGCUGAUCAGGAAGCCCUUAGCUUAGAACAGUGUUUCUCAACCUUAGCCAUUUUAAGAUAUGUGGACUUCAACUCCCAGAAUUCCCUAGCCAGCCAUGCUUUUUACAGCUGAAUUCAUGGGAAGCAAUCACUCCAAUUGUAUAUAUAGGUAGUCCAUUAGUUUAAAAGAAGAUAUGCUGUUGUACAGUUCAUCUGUGGACAUGGAGGUAGCUUUGCAAUCCCAGUCUGAAAGCACAGAAUUUAGCCCAAAGGGGCCACUGGAAGUUAAUCUUUGCAAUAAUUGUGAAUGUUAAUUCCGUGAUAGCUUUCAUGUUUCGGUUGCACCUGGCUUCAAAGCUGGUGGAGACUUCAUAGUUCCUUCAUUACCCAGAAAGCCCUUUUUACUUACAGUAAAACACUUUCAGUAUUUUAGUGUCCCUGUUAUGAUUGGGCAGUGGGUUUGUGUGUAAUUAUCCAAAGAAAAACCAAGUUUGGGAAGCACCAGGUUAAGGUGUUGAAUUAGGAACUAGGGAAAACCAGUAUCAACUCCAGUAUCGCUAGGGAUUUUAGCUUGAUCAUGUUCAUUCCCAGCUCAGUCUAGCUUAUUGGGGAAGAGGGGAGAAAGGAGUGCUAUAUAUGCCCCCAACAGCUUUUAAAUGAAAGGAAGGUCAGAAAUCAAAGAAGUGAAUAAACAUGAAGGGAGAUAAAAAAAGAUUUCUUGUUGGGCUGGAACUCUGCUUAAACAAGAAGGGUGCUAGUUUUUUGUCCACCUUCAGCUCCUUGCUUUAUCCUUUGGCCCUCAAUCUCAACCAAGAUUUCACCCUCCCUGGGCCUUUUGCUGUCCUCUAGAUGUACUCAUCGUUACAAUUUAUGCAUUGUAAAGAUUAUUUGGAGGUGGGAGGUACUUCCAAUGUAAUCUACCGAAUCCCCUGCCUCUGAUACGUAGGGGAAAGCUAAUCACCAGAUUGCAAGAAUACAAGCAAAUGGUCAGAUCAGGAGACCCAAACUCAUUGGUAGCCUCACACUGGCGAUGAAAAAGGACACACAUUUAGUUUUGCACCUACUAAGAUUGUUGGAUGAGCAAGCACAAAAACAGCCAGGGAAAUGAUUGAAGCUUGGGAAACAGGCCCCUCGUCAAGUCAACAGGAGUGCUGAUUUACCACCAGCCUAUUCAAGUACUUAGAAGACGAGGGCUGGGCAGCACAAGCAAACGACAGCCAACGACUUACAAGCCAGCCAUCAACCCACCCCAGUCAACAUCUAAAAAAACCACAUACAACAGGCACUAUAAAUACCACACAUAGAACAGCUCACACUCUGCUAGGGAGAAGUUCUCUGAGGAUGGGCUCCAGCACAAGUCCGAAAACUUGGAAGACUAAACCGCUCGUCCCGGUGACUGAACCAGAUUGGAUCCUACAACAUUAACUUGGGAAACGUAUAUUUGCCUUCUUUCGUACUUGUCUCCAGAUGCUAUUAAUUGUCAAUAAAUAUGUCAAGAUGCCAUAUGAAAAUGUGGGGCCCUGUACUCCAAUACUGUUGGAUUGGAGGAUAUCCAGGUGGGAAGGCUGCCUUACCAAUUCAUGUCAUCAUCACUCAGUUGAUGGAGCCAUCAAGAGAUAGGUAUCUAAUUCAAAUGUGAAUUAUCUUGCAUAUUCAAAAUCUUUUGUCAAAUUUCUAGGAUGAAAUACAUAUGUGGCAGCUUGAGUUUUAUUACCAAAUACUGUAUUUUAACCUGCAUACAUAAUUGACUGAAUCAGUUAACAGCUUACAUCUAGAAGUAUGCCAUGAUCUUUGUCAAGGCUGGUAUCAGUGAAAUAAAAUGUACUUCUUCUAGUGG